GAAGCUACUUACACGCCACGCUCAUCGCUCUGGGCAUCAGUACGCGCUCCGUGCUCAGCCGCAGCAGAUCGUGAAUGUGAACGUGGUCUCCGGGUGCAGCUUCUUCGCCUCCUGCCUCCUGCCUACUGCCUUCUGCCGCCUGCCGCCUGACUCGCGUGUGUGUCUGUGUGAGACAGAUAGAUAGAUAGAACUAAAAAGCGCACAAAUAUUUGCACACACCAGUGGAGAGGGAGGAGGAGUCGACACUCUGCCGCAGCAUCGACUUCCUGUCUGGGCCACUUACGGCUUCUAAAUCCCAUCCCCAACACACUGCCCGGCCGUACACGUGCUGCAACGACUGCGGCGUGGAUUUGAGAGCAAAAACUCCGACUCCGACUCCGACUGCGAUUCCGGCUCUGACUCCGCUCCGCUCCGACUCCUGCCUCAGCCAGCGGCUUCUUCAUUUGUUAUUUUUUUUUUUUGCUAGUGGAACUCCUGUGCCCCUGCCACGGCCAUGCAUUCGCCGGCUGCCAAAGUGUCGGGCUACAUUGUCCUGAUGAUUGUGCAAAUAAUUUUCCUGGUCCUAUUCUGGCUGUUCGUGCGUUACGAGAAGGCGGCAAUGCCGCCGGCACUCGGCGCUGAAGACGCUGGAUCAGCAAACGAACACGUUUCGAAAUAUCCGCAGUUCCAGGACAUACAGGUGAUGAUCUUCAUUGGCUUUGGCUUCCUGAUGACCUUCCUGCGCAAGUACGGCUACAGUGCCACGGGCUUCACCUUGUUCAUGGCCGCCUUGGUGGUCCAGUGGUCCGUCCUAAUGAAGGGAUUCCUGCACAUGGAGGGCGGCAAGAUCAGCCUCUCGCUGGAGAACAUCAUCGAUGCGGACAUUGCCGCCGCCGUGCCCCUAAUUAGCAUGGGCGCCCUGCUGGGCCGCACCACCCCCAUCCAGCUGCUGUGCAUGUCCAUCUUCGAGGUGGCCCUGUUCGCGGCAAACGAGUAUCUGGCCCUGAACGUCCUCAGCAUCUGCGACUGCGGCGGCUCCAUCACCGUCCACGCCUUCGGCGCCUACUUCGGUCUGGCCGUGGCCAUGAUGCUGCGUCCCGCCAGCGACCAGAACGAGGCGGGCAAGCACGAGGGCGCCAACUACACAUCCGACAUUCUGGCCAUGAUCGGCACCACCUUCCUGUGGGUGUACUGGCCCAGCUUCAACUCGGUCCUGGCCGCGGGCACUGGCGGCGAGCGGGCCAUUUUGAACACGUUUCUGUCAUUAGCCGCGGCAACAGUGACCACCUUCGUUGUGUCCGCACUUGUCAGCCAUGAGAAUAAAUUGGAUAUGGUGCACGUGCAGAACUCGACUCUCGCCGGCGGCGUGGCCGUGGGAACCGUGUGCAACCUGCUACUCGGCGCACACGGCGCUGUCUUAAUUGGCAUUAUCGCCGGCACGGUUUCGGUGCUCGGCUAUCGCUAUUUAACCCCCUGGUUAACGUCCAAUCUGCGGCUGCAUGACACCUGUGGCGUACACAAUCUGCACGGAAUGCCGGCCCUGAUUUCGGCCAUUGCCUCGGCUAUUUACGCCUCGAUGGCCAGCCUGGAUGACUACCAAUCGGAGUUGCAGGACAUAUUUCCGGCCAUGGUUGGCAACAAUGCCACUGCCACCAAAUUUAUGGGCGGUCUGGGCCGCAAUGCCAGCUCCCAGGCGGGCUAUCAAUUGUUUGGCAUCGCUCUGACGCUGCUCAUUGCCAUAGGCGGCGGCAUUUUGACAGGCACCGUUUUGAAGUACACCAGUUUCCGGAACCUCAAGAAGGACGAACAGCACCAGGACGAGCAGUACUGGGAGGUGCCGGCGCUGGAUAACAAAGAGGAAUAUGAACUAGAAAAAGUCGAAGAGCUUUUGUUGUAGGCAUCCGAAAGGCAUCCAACAAAAAAGAGCACAUCACGGCACAGCACUGCACAGAGCCCAGCGGAAAGGACAAGGGGGAAACGGCAAUCCUUUGUUGUCCUUCGACUUCGCUUCGCUUAAUUUUUGUGGACAUUUUGUCGCAUUUAUUUAAAAACUCCAACAAUUUACACAUUUAAUUAGCGUUGAGCACAGAAACUGACACAAAAAAAGGACACGCACACACACACACACGCACACACACACACACACAUGCAAAAAAGUUAU